AUGCAUAAAAGAAAAUAUCAGUGUGGUGCUGAUAAAAGGAAAGCAAAACAAAAGGAAGAAUUAAAAAAAUGUGCGAAUGACCAACGGCAAAAAAAACUUUGUUUCAUUCCACAAACGGAAGGGAGAGCAACAGUCCCGCUCGAGUCACUACCUAAUGAUUGUGAGAACUAUUCGGAGCCCUCUAAUACAUCCAGUAUUUCUGAAAUUAAUUUGAACGAAUCCAAUGACAACAAUAUAGUGUGUGAUGAUAUUAGUGGUCAACAGUCAAGAGAAAAUGUCGUUAACAAACAUCAAACAAAUCUUAGUUUUAAUCUACAAACUGGAGGGAGUGCAAUAAUUCGGCCCAAGUCUACUGAUUAUAUAAAUGAUACAGAGCCCUCGAACACAUCCAGUAUUUCUGAAAUUAAUUUGAAUGAAUCCAACGACAACAAUAUAGUGUGUGAUGAUAUUAGUGGUCAACAGUCAAGAGAAAAUGCUGUUAACAAACAUCAAACAAAUCUUAGUUUUAAUCUACAAACUGGAGGGAGUGCAAUAAUUCGGCCCAAGUCUACUGAUUAUAUAAAUGAUACAGAGCCCUCUAACACAUCCAGUAUUUCUGUAAUUAAUUUGAACGAAUCCAAUGACAACAAUAUAGUGGGAGAUGAUAAAAGUGUUCAAUAUGCAAAAGAAAAUUGUGCAGACAACAAUACUCAACAAUCAGCUUCUUUUAAUCUAAGUAGCGUAGCAUAUUUUAUUAGACCGCCUUGUAAUGAAACAGUAGAAGUCAAAUUAGCCUUUUUAAAAAAUCACCCUAUUCAACCUUUUGUAUUAAUGAAUGAUAAACUUUCAUUUGACCCCAAUAAGGUCUAUUAUCAAAAUAUUGAAACUACAAAUGAUCAAAAUAAAGAUAAAAUUCCACGUAAAUGGUUGUCUUAUUGUUCUUACACUAAAAAAGUAUAUUGCACUACUUGUAUGGCAUUCUGCCCAAUACGUGAAAAAAUUAGCAAUUUAAUAUCUGGACUAAAUGUUACUAAUUCUAAAAAUGUCUAUAAUACAUUAAAAAUACAUGAAUCAUCACAAGCACAUCGUGAAGCAGUUUCUGCAUUGCUCAGAGCAAAUUUAAAAAAAAGCAUCGGUAAUUGUAUUGAUUUUAAUUUAAAAGAAAUACAUUCUAAAGAAGUAGAACAUUCUCGUUUAGUUAUUAAACGGCUAAUCGAUAUAAUUUUGUUUAUUGGUAGACAAGGAAUAUCUUUCAGAGGUAAAGAUGAAGCGGCUUAUAGUUUAGAAGAUAAGUCUGUUAACCAUGGUAAUUUUUUAGAACUUGUGAUGUUACUUAAAGAUUAUGAUGUUGUGUUAAAUGAACAUGUUAAAAAAUGUAUAGAGUUAAGCAAAAGACGUAAAGAAAAAGAAAUGAAUAAUAAGUUUUCCCAGGUCCAUGGUCAUGGAAGAGGAUCUUUGGUCACAUUUUUAUCAAAAACAUUUAUAAAUAAACUCAUAUUAGCAAUUGGUCAAAUAAUGCAAGAAAGCAUAGUCAAUGAAAUUAAACAAGCCCAAAUUUUUAGUAUCCUUGUUGAUUCAACUCAAGAUGUCGCAGUCUUGGAUCAACUAGCUAUAUGUGUAAGAUAUACUUUAAAAAAUAAUGUUUAUGAAAAACUUUUAAAACUAACUAUUGCUCAUGAUUCUACCGGUAUUGGCUUAUUUAAUUUAAUUAAAAGUGAAUUUUUUAAACUAAAUAUUGAUAUGUCAAAAAUUGUUGGUUGCUCUUUUGAUGGUGCUGCUAACAUGAAAGGUGCCUAUAACGGUUUACAGUAUCAUUUAAAGAGCAUUAAUCCAUUAUGUAUAUAUACACACUGUUAUGGACAUGCUUUAAACUUGGUUAUGGUAGAUUCAACUGAGUGUUGUCAAAAUGCUGAAAUGCUUUUUGGUUUAGUACAACAAUCUGCCACAUUUUUGUCUGAUUCACAUAAAAGAACAAAAGUUUGGUCUGAUUUAACCAAAAAAACACACAAAUGUCAUGAUAAGCUAAGAAAAUUAAAUUUGAUUGGAGCCACUAGAUGGUGGAGCAAAGACAAAGCUUUAACUUCUGUAAUACAAUUUAAUGAGCCUAAUAUUGAAAAUUCUCGGUUUUUACUAUUCAUACAUUUUUUAUUACAAAUAAUUUCUAAGGAUUCAAAAUUUGACGCAAAAACUAAAUUUACUGCACGCAAUCUUUUGAAACUUUGGUCUAAAUUUGAAGUUAUAUUCACUGCGGCCAUUUAUAUUGAUAUUUUUAGUGUAAGUUCUCCUGUUUCUACAUUUUUGCAGUCUCGUUCAUUAAAUUACCUUACGGCUUUUAACAUGACUAAAAACUUAUUACAUGAAAUUAAAAAAAGGAGAGAUAAUUCUGAUCAAAAAUUUAUUAAGCUUCAUUCUGAUGUCCAUAAUUUUAUACAAAAAAUUAAUAAUGCAUUGGUAUCAAAUGGUGAUGAUUUUAUGAUAAAAGAUGAUUUUAGUAAAAAAUGUUUAGAGAAAGUUAGAGUAGCUAAAAAAAAAAAAAUGCCAGGAGAACUAGCAGCUGAUGAGAGACCUUCUCUUUCAUCAGAAAACCGAUUUAAAGUUGAAACAUAUAACUAUAUAUUAGAUGUUAUGACAUCUAGUAUAGAAAAGAGGUUCAUCAGUAACUCGGAGUUACUUAAAGAUUGUAUCUGUCUAGAUCCUAAAAAUUUUAAAUCUAUUAAACAUGGUUUGCCUGAUAAUUCCCUAGUUAAACUUGGUGAAUUAACUAAUAUAGAAGUUAAUAUUUUAGCUUCAGAAUUACACCAAUUUGCUAUUCAAUUUGAUGCUAUAACUAAAACUUUUGAAGAAACAGUGUCUGAUACUGAUGAUCAAUACCAUGACUACGAAUCGGAUUCUGAAAGAGAACUAUCUACUAAAGAAACAUUAGAUUGUAAAGUUUGUAAUAAUUGUUUAAGAUGUGCUUUUAACAUUUUACAUGAUAUGGUUCAACAAUCAUGUAGUUUCAAUAAUAUUUACUAUGCUUAUAAAUUUGUGUUGACAUUGCCAUGUACUCAAGUGACAUGUGAACGCACAUUCUCAAAAUUAAAAAAUAUAAAAACCAAACUAAGAUCUUUGAUUUCACAAGAUAUUAUGGAAACAUUAUUACUGAUUAAUAUUGAAAGAGAUUUUAUAGUUGAUAAAGAUAUGGUUAUCAAUAAUGUUGCUAAAAGUUCAACAGCACUAACUAGAAUAUUGUUUUAA